AUGGCCACCCAGACAAGAGAACACGGUGGCCACCAUCAUCACCACCAUCAUCACCAUCAUGGCAGUAAUGUCUACCUCACAUCGACCGACAAACACGAUGCUGGAGUUCGCAUCACGCGGAUAGGCCUGGUUGCCAACCUGUGUAUGGCCAUUGGUAAAUUCAUCGGUGGCUACGUGUUCCAUUCCCAAGCUCUCAUCGCCGAUGCCUACCACGCCCUCACCGAUUUGGUUUCGGACAUCUUGACCUUGGCUACGGUUGCUUGGUCCCUGAAACCGCCGUCGGAACGGUUUCCCAACGGCUAUGGCAAGAUUGAGAGUAUCGGAGCUCUGGGUGUGAGCGGGUUGUUACUGUGUGGCGGUGUCUUCAUGGGUCUCAACUCGGGGCAGGUCCUACUACACCAAUUCUAUCCGGAGAUUGCUGAAGUAAUUGCGCACGUGGGAGCCUUGGGACACGGCCACUCGCAUAGCCAUGGGGUCGAGGCGCUCGGCCCGAGCAUCCAUGCUGCAUGGCUGGCUGCUGGUUCGAUCGUGGUCAAAGAGUGGCUUUACCAUGCGACUAUGAAGGUUGCCACGGAACGCAAGUCAUCAGUCUUGGCUUCUAAUGCCGUUCACCACCGAAUCGACUCCCUGACCAGCGUUGUUGCUCUUUUUACCAUUGGUGGAUCAUACAUGUUUCAGGAUGCUUCGUGGCUGGAUCCCGUCGGAGGACUUCUCAUCUCACUAAUGGUCAUCAAGGCCGGAUGGGCUAAUACCAAGACUUCGCUUCUGGAGCUGGCAGACACCACUGUGGAUGACGAUGUGAAGGAGUCGGUGCACAAAGCUGCUAGCAAGGCAUUGGCUCUGUUGGACAACGGCGGAUCCCUCAAGGUCCGUGAUGUUCAGGGUAUGAAGUCGGGGCAGAACUAUCUCAUGGAUGUUGAGGUUGCAGUGCCGGGCACGUGGCCCAUUAAUCGCGCUCGCCAGGCGGAAGAGGCAAUGCGCACUGCUGUUGGAGAACGAGUCCGCGGUGUGAAGCGGGUCAAAGUCCGAUUCAUUCCCCUUGAGCAUGAGGAGUUGACCUUUACUGAAGAGUUCAUCCCCGCCGAGGUUACCUCACGGGCGCGUCCGGAACCGGAAGACGGGAACGAGCAUGAACACGAGCACGAGCACGAGCACGAAGCUCGCAAAGAUCGGUAG